AUGGUCUUAAUUAACGGGGUCAAGUACGCCUGUGAAAGGUGUAUUAGAGGCCAUAGAGUUACAACAUGUACUCAUACUGAUCAACCCUUAACUAUGAUAAAACCAAAGGGUAGACCAUCUAGUCAAUGCCAACAUUGUCGAGAACAAAGAAAAAUGAAGAAUCUUCAUGUUCAAUGUACUUGUGGAAAGAAAGGUAAACCACCAGGAACUCAUUUAGCUAGUUGUCUUUGUCAUAAAAAUAGUCAUUGUACAUGUUCAAAUAGUCAAAAGGCAAAUUCAACAGGUAAUGGGAAUAUUCAUCAUUUAAAUGCUAGUGAACGAGCUAAAAAGAAAUCUUUAAUAACUGCUGCAAAUUCAGAAUUAUCAUCUCAACAUGGUAUAAUAACUCCUUCAAGUAGUACAACUAGUCAUCAAACUUUUACUCCAUCAAUAAGUUCAAAUUAUGUAAUUGAAGAUGUUAUAGUACCAUUUGAUAUUGGCAAUGGUAAUUCUGGUUCAAAUGGUUUAUUUGAUUUAUUUUCUUCAUCAAAUAAUCAUUCUGAAUCAAAUUCAAAUGCUAAUAAUUCCGUUAAUAAUUCUCGAACAAAUUUAAUGGAUUCUAAUAGUAAUUCUUCAGCAUCUCCCGUGGCAUCUUCACAGAUGAUUAAUACAAAUUCUUUAUCCAAUAAUGAUCCAACUGCUAUGAGUAACAAUACCAAUAUUAGUAACAUUAGUAAUAAUAAUAACAACAAUAACAAUAACAAUAACAACAACAAUAACAAUAACAACAAUAAUAAUGAUUUUAACGAUGCUAACGAUAAACUUAAUAGAAAUAUUAAUAAUUCAACCCCAACGGUUCAAACUAAAUCAGAUCCUUUUACUCCUAAAUCACAACAACAACAACAACAACAACAACAACAACAACCUCCUACUAAAUUAGAUCUAGAUUUCAAAUCAGAAUUCGAUCAAGAUUUAGAUACUCAUUUAACUCCUACCGAAUUGGAUUUAGUAGAUCGAAUGUUCCCGUUAUUUCCAUUGGUUGGUAGUCUUAGUUUUGAUGAUGAUAAAAAUCAACCAUUACUGUCGAUUCCCUUAUCUAAUAAUAUUAAUAGUCAUUUUAAUUCAGGAUCCAAUUCAAUUUCAUCCAAUUCAAAUCCAAAUUCAAAUCCAGGUUCUACAUCCAAUUCUACCCCUACAAAUCCAAAAUAUCCUCAUCCCCCCACAUCAACUUCUUCACUUAUUAAUCCUAAAAUUUCUAAACCUCAUCAACCCAAACCUACUAAACCUAAUAGUGGUUCAUUAGUAUCACCUAGUAAUUCUAAUUCUAUCAAUAAUUUAAAUGGAAAUGGAAAUGGAAAUGGAAAUUCUUCUUCUCAUUAUCAACCUAUACGACCUAAACGUCCUGAAAGUGUAUUAUCAAUAGCUUCUAAUUCUUCAAGUCGAUCAUUUGAUAUUAAUUCAACUAGUUCUGGACCUGCCAAUACGGGUAAUUCUAUAAAUUUUAAUCCUACUAUGUUGGCAGGAGGUGGUAAUCAUUUACCUAAUAUGUCUCAUAAUCCUUCUUCAACAUUUUUAAAUGGUAAUUUACCUAAUGCAUCAAAUUCUCAAGCUUUCCCUCCUAGUAUACCAUUUUCAAAUUUUGAUUCUUCUACUACUUCUUCACAAUUUGGUGGAACUAAUGAAUCAAUAAUUAAUACAACUAAUAAUAAUUCAUCAAUUUUACCAAGUAUAAGUUCAUCAAAUAAUGAUGAUAAUUCUCCUCAUUAUCAUCAACAUCCAUUUGGUCGUACUGGAUUAGGAUCUACCAAUUCUUCAUCAAAUAAUAUAACUACAUUAGAUGAAGAAAGUAGUCUUCAUGAUAAUGAUUCAAGUUUUAAUGUAGGAUCAUUAACUAAUAAUUUUAAUGGAGGAGGUUCAGGAGGAGAAUUUAUGGAUAGUGAGAAUUGGUUUAAUGAAUUAACUUCGACAGAAAGUAAAAUUAGAAGAAAUACUUCAUUAUCAACUACUUCUUCAUUAGCCAAUAUCUAUUCAAAUUUUGGAGAUGUUAAUGUUAAACGUCAAUCAAGUUUACCAAGAAGAUCAACUACUAAUGGAUUUACUGAUUUAACUAUAUCCAAUAGUGAUUCUAAAUUAAAUCAAAAUAAUGGAUCUAAUGGUCAUCAAACCAGAAGUAUGCUUCUGGGUCAUUAUAAUGCCAAUGCAUAUAUUGACAAUUCCAUCUCUAUCACUCCGCCAAAUAUCCCAUCGGAUGGUGAGAAGGAUGAGCUGCAGCAGCAGCAGCAGCAACAACAACAACAACAACAACAACCACAACAAGCACCACCACCACCACCACCACAACAACAACAGCAGCAGUCAGAAUUCGAUAUGCAAGUACCUAUGUUCACGGACUUGCUAUCGCCCAUGUUCGAAACAAACUAG